AGAAAAUGGCGCUGCGUGGUGGUAGGACAAAGAGUGUUGAGAAGCGUUCGAAGAAAUACUUGGAAGAAGCCUUGUAUAAAAGGUUGUUCAAAGAAGGGAGUUCAGAGACCAGUGUUCGAACCGAGCUGAAUAAAUUUCUGAAAGAAUCCAAGAGAGUUUACAAAUGGGAGGUGGGUGUUGCUGUCAAGAGGCUUCGUGAGUUGAAGAGGUACUACCCUGCUUUAAAGCUUUCAGAAGCCAUGCACAGAAGAGGCAUGAACCCAACAGUCAGUGAUCAAGCUAUCCAUCUUGAUAUUGUGGCUAAAGCCCAAGGUGUUGCUGCUGCAGAAAACUACUUCAUAAAUCUCCCUGAAGAGUCAAAAAACCACCUCUGCUAUGGUGCCCUUCUUAACUGUUAUUGCAAGGAGCUAAAGACAGAAAAGGCAGAAGCUCUUAUGGAAAAGAUGAAGGAACUUAAGUUUGCUUCAACCUCCAUGGCCUACAACAGCUUGAUGACCCUGUACACGAAAACUGGGCAGCCUGAUAAAAUCCCAGCCAUAAUACAGGAAAUGAAGGAAAAUGAUAUCAAGCCAGAUUCUUACACAUACAAUGUCUGGAUGAGGGCUCUUGCUGCUGUCAAUGACAUCUUUGGUGUUGAGAGGGUUAUCGAGGAGGUGAAGGAGGAUAGCUGUGUUGCUCGAGAUUGGACGACAUAUAGCAAUCUAGCCUCAAUUUACAUUGAUGCUGGCCUGAAUGAGAAGGCAGAAAAGGCGCUAAAGCAACUGGAGAAGAUAAAUGGACACCAGAAUCUUUCUGCUUUUCAGUUCCUGAUCACACUGUAUGGUCGGACAGGGAAUCUGAUUGAGGUAUAUCGGGUAUGGCGGUCUUUGAGGCUGGCUUUUCCAAAAACAGCAAAUAUAAGUUAUCUGAAUAUGAUCCAAGUCUUGGUAAAGUUAAAUGAUUUGCCGGGUGCUGAGAAAACUUUCCAUGAAUGGGAGUGUGGGUGCUCUACAUAUGAUAUCAGGAUUGCCAAUGCUCUAAUUGGAACCUAUGCCAGAGAAGGUAUGCUAGAUAAGGCCAAAGAGCUCCAAGAGCGAGCCAGGAGGAGAGGGGCGAAGCCUAAUGCUAAGACUUGGGAGAUAUUUUUGAAUUACUAUUUGAAGAAUGGAGAGAUGACAUUGGCCGUUGAUUGUGUUGUCAAUGCUAUUUCUACGGGGAGAGGGGAUGGUGGGAAGUGGGUCCCAUCACAAGAGACCAUUCAUACUCUAAUGGCACAUUUCGAGCAGCAGAGGGAUGUUGAGGGUGCAGAAGGUUUUGUUGAGAUUCUGAAUAAGGCUGAGGUUUCCCUUGGUAGCGAGGUGUUUGAAUCUUUGAUCCGGACGUAUGCAGCAUCUGGAAAAACAAGCCAAUCGAUCCGUCGCCGGUUGAAGAUGGAGAGUGUUGAGGUCAGUGAGAAAACUAAGCAUUUGCUCGACAUAGUUUGUUUGGAGUAAUUGUUGGUGAGGCAAACUAAGGAUCCUCAGUUAUAUCCAAUGAAUUGUGGAAGUUUGUCUGGUGAUCUUGAAUAUGUUGUUCGUAGGCAUUCCGUGGUUGUCUUUUGAUAAUAAGAUUUGCCUUCAAUUU